ACUACUAGUGCAGCAGAAACAAUUACAACAACAGAGACUUCCACAAUAAUGACAAAUGCUGAAACAUCCACCACUAGUGCAGCAGAAACAUCUACAACAACAGAGACUUCCACAAUAAUGACAAUUGCUGAAACAUUAACCACUAGUGCAUCAGAAACAUCUACAACAACAGAGACUUCCACAGUCACUACUUCUGCUGAAAUAUCUACUAUCAGUGAAACAGAAACAUCUACAACAAAAGAGUUUUCAACAAUAACGAUUCCUGCUGAAACACCCACCACUAGUGUAGCAGAAAUAUUUUCAACAACAGAGACUUCAACAUUCACAACACCUCCGGGUGAAACAUCCACUAUUAGUGUAGCAGAAACAUCUAUAACUGCUCCUGCUGAAACAUCCACGACUAGUGGAGCAGAAACAUCUACAACAACAGAGACUUCUACAAUCACCACUCCUGAUGAAACAUCCACCACUAGUUUAUCAGAAACAUCUACAUCAACAGAGACUUACACAAUCACAGCUCCUGCUGAAACAUUUAAAACAACAGAGACUUCCACAACCAUGACUCCUACUGAAACAUCCACCACUAGUGAGGCAGAAACAUCUACAACAAUAGAGACUUCCACAAUCAUGACUCCUGAUGAAAUAUACACCACUAGUGUAGCAGAAACAUCUAAAUCAACAGAGACUUCCACAAUCAUGACUACUGAUGAAGCAUCCACCACUAGUGCACCAGAAACAUCUGCAACAUCAGAGACUUCCAUAAUCAUGACUCAUGAUGAAACAUCAACCAUUAGUGCACCAGAAACAUCUACAAUGUCAGAGACUUCCACAAUCACGACACCUCAUGAAACAUCCAGCACUAGUGCACCAGAAACAUUUACAACAACAGAGACUUCCACAAUCAUGAUUCCUGAUGAAACAUCCACUACUAGUUUAGCAGAACCAUCUAUAACAACAGAGACUUCCAAAAUCACAACUCCUCAUGAAACAACCACCACUAGUGCACCAGAAACAUCUACAACAACAGAGACUUCCACAAUCAUGACUCCUGCUGAAACAUCCACCACUAGUGCACCAGAAACAUCUACAACAACAGAGACUUCCACAAUCACGACUCCUACUGAAACAUCAAUUACUAGUACACCAGAAACAUCUACAUCAACAGAGACUUCCACAGUCACGACUCCUCCUGAAACAUCCACCACUAGUUUAGCAGAAACAUCUACAAAAAAACAGACUUUCACAAUCACAACACCUGAUGAAAUAUCCACCACUAGUUUAGCAGAAACAUCUACAACAACAGAGACUUCCACAAUCACCACUCCUGAUGAAACAUCCACCACUAGUUUAUCAGAAACAUCUACAUCAACAGAGACUUACACAAUCACAGCUCCUGCUGAAACAUUUACAACAACAGAGACUUCCACAACCAUGACUCCUGCUGAAACAUCCACCACUAGUGAGGCAGAAACAUCUACAACAAUAGAGACUUCCACAAUCAUGACUCCUGAUGAAAUAUACACCACUAGUGUAGCAGAAACAUCUAAAUCAACAGAGAUUUCCAAAAUCAUGACUACUGAUGCAGCAUCCACCACUAGUGCACCAGAAACAUCUGCAACAUCAGAGACUUCCAUAAUCAUGACUCCUGAUGAAACAUCAACCACUAGUGCACCAGAAACAUCUACAAUGUCAGAGACUUCCACAAUCACGACACCUCAUGAAACAUCCAGCACUAGUGCACCAGAAACAUCUACAACAACAGAGACUUCAACAAAGACGACUCCUGAUGAAACAUUUACAACAAAAGAGACUUCCACAAUCAUGACUCCUGCUGAAGCAUCAACCACUAUUGCAGCAGAACCAUCAACAACAAAAGAGACUUCCACAAUCAUGACUCCAGAUAAAACAUCCACCACUAUUGCAAUAGAAAUUUCUACAACAUCAGAGACUUCCACAAUCAUGACUCCUGAUGAAACACCCACCACUAGUGGACCAGAAACAUCUAGAACAACAGAGACUUCCACAAUCACGACUCCUGCUGAAACAUCCAUUACUAGUACACCGGAAACAUCUACAACAACAGAGACUUCCACAAUCACAACUCCUGAUGAAAUAUCUACAUCUAGUUUAGCAGAAACACCUACAAAAACAGAGACUUCCACAAUCACAACUCCUGAUGAAACAACCACCACUAGUGCAGCAGAAACAUCUACAACAAAACAUACUUCAACAAUCAUGACUCCUGCUGAAGCAUCCACCAUUAUUUCAGCAGAACCAUCAACAACAACAGAGACUUCCACAAUCAUGACUCCAGAUAAAACAUCCACCACUAAUGCAAUAGAAACAUCUACAACAUCAGAGACUUCCACAACUUCCACAAUCAUGACUCCUGAUGAAACAUCAACCACUAGUGCACCAGAAACAUCUACAAUGUCAGAGACUUCCACAAUCACGACACCUCAUGAAACAUCCACCACAAGUGAAGCAGAAACAUCUACACCAACAGAGAGAUCCACAAUCACAACAGCUCCUGCUGAAACAUCCACCACUAGUGUAGCAGAAAUAUCUUCACCAACAGAGACUUUUACAAUCACAACAACUGCGGCUGAAACAUCCACCACUAAUGCAGCCGAAAGAUAUUCAACAACAGAAACUUCCACAAUGACAACAACUCCUGCUGAAACACCCACAAUUAGUGCAACAGAAACAUCUACAACAACAGACACUUCCACUAUAACGACUCCUACUGAAACAUCCACCACUAGUGCAGAAAAAACAGAUGCAACAACAGAGACUUCCACAAUAAUGACUCCAGCUGAAACAUCCACCAUUAGUUUAGUAGAAAUAUCUUCAGCAACAGAGACUUCCACACUCACAACAACUUCUGCUGAAACAUCCACCACCAGUGCUGCAGAAACAUCUCCAACAACAGAGACUACCACAAUCACAUUUCCUGCUGAAACAUCCACCAUUAGUUUAGCAGAAAUAUCUUCAACAACAGAGAUUUCCACAAUCAAAACAACUGUGGCUGAAACAUCCACUAUUAUUGUAUUAGAAACAUCAACAACAAAAGACACUUCCACAAUCACUACUCCCUCUAAAAGAUCCACCACUAGUGCAGCAGAAAUAUCUUCAACAACAGAGAUUUCCACAAUCACAACAAUUCCUGCUGAAACAUCCACUAUCAGUGUACCAGAAACAUCUACUACAAAAGAGACUUCUACAAUCACAACAACUACAGCUAAAAUAUCCAUCACAAGUGAAGCAGAAACAUCUAUACCAACAAAGAGAUCAACAAUCACAACAACUCCUGCUGAAACAUCCACCACUAAUGUAGUAGGAUCAUCUUCAACAACAGUGACUUCCACAGUCAUGACAAGUCGAGCUGAAACAUCCACUAUCAGUGUAGCAGAAACAUCUUCAACAAAGGAGACUUCCACUUUCACAACUCCUGCUGAAACAUCCUCCACUAGUGCACCAGAAACAUCUACUACAAAAGAGACUUCCACAAUCAGAACUACAGCUGAAAUAUCCACCAUAAGUGAAGCAGAAACAUCUACACCAACAGAGAGAUCCACAAUCACAACAGCUCCUGCUGAAACAUCCACCACUAGUGUAGCAGAAAUAUCUUCACCAACAGAGACUUUUACAAUCACAACAACUGCGGCUGAAACAUCCACCACUAAUGCAGUCGAAAGAUAUUCAACAACAGACACUUCCACUGUAAUGACUCCUACUGAAACAUCCUCAACUAGUACAGAAAAAACAUCUACAAUAACAGAGGCUUCCACAAUCACAACUCCUGCUGAAACAUCCACUAUUAGUGCAACAGAAACAUCUACAACAACAGACACUUCCACUGUAAUGACUCCUACUGAAAAAUCCACCACUAGUGCAGAAAAAACAUCUACAAUAACAGAGGCUUCCACAAUCACAACAACUUCUCCUGAAACAUCCACCACCAGUGCUGCAGAAACAUAUACAACGAGGGAGACUUCCACAAAAAUAACAACUCCUGCUGAAACACCCACCAUUAGUGCAACAGAAACAUCUACAACAACAGACACUUCCACUGUAAUGACUCCUACUGAAACAUCCUCAACUAGUACAGAAAAAACAUCUACAAUAACAGAGGCUUCCACAAUCACAACUCCUGCUGAAACAUCCACUAUUAGUUUAGCAGAAACAUCUACAACAACAGAGACAUCCGCAAUCACAGCAACUCCUGCUGAAACAUCCACUACAACAGAGACUUCCACAAUCAAAAUAAUUUCUGCUGAAACAUCCACCACUAGUGCAGCAGAAACAUCUUCAACAACAGAGACGUCCACAAUCACAAGAAUUCCUGCUGAAAUAUCCACUAUCAGUGUAGCAGAAACAUCUACAACAAUGGAGACUUUCACAAUCACGACUACUGCUGAAAAAUCCACUAUUAGUGUAGCAGAAAUAUCUACAACAACAGAGACUUCCACAAUCACUACUCCUGCUGAAACAUCCACCACUAGUGAAGCAGAAACUUCUACAACAACAGGGACUUCCAGAAUUCCAACAAUUCCUGUUGAAACAUACACCACUAGUGCCACAGACACAUAUUUAACAACAGAGACUUCCACACUCACAACAACUUCUCCUGAAACAUCCACUUUAAGUGUAGCAGAAACAUAUACAACAACAGAGACUUUCACAAUUACAAAGACUCCUGCUGAAACAUCCACCACUAAUGCAGCAGAAACAUCUACAACAACAGAGACUUCCACAAUCACUACUCCUACUGAAACAUCCAACACUAGUGAAGCAGAAACAUCAACUACCAAAGAGACUUCCACAGUCACGAAUCCUGAUGAAACAUCCACCACUAGUGUCACAGAAAUAUUUUCAACAACAGAGAUUCCCACAAUCAUAACAACUCCAGCUAAAACAUCCACUAUCAGUGUAGCAGAAACAUCUACAACAAUGGAGACUUUCACAUCCACGACUCCUCCUGAAACAUCCACCACUAGUGCAGCAGAAACAUCUACAACAACAAAGACUUCCACAAUCACAACAAUUCCUGCUGAAACAUCCACCACUAGUGCAGCAGAAACAUCUUCUACAACAGAAACUUCCACAAUCACAACAAUUCCUACUGAAAUAUCCACUAUCAAUGUAGCAGAAACAUCUACAACAAUGGAGACUUUCACAAUCACGACUCCUGCUGAAACAUCCACUAUUAGUGUAGCAGAAAUAUCUUCAACAACAGAGACUUCCACACUCACAACAACUUCUGCUGAAACAACAGAGACUUUCACACUUACAACAACUCCUGCUGAAACAUCCACCACUAAAGCAGCAGAAAUAUCUACAACAACAGAGACUUUCACAAUCACUACUCCUGCUGAAACAUCCACCACUAUUGAAGCAGAAACUUCUACAACAACAGGGACUUCCAGAAUUCCAACAAUUCCUGUUGAAACAUACACCACUAGUGCAGCAGACACAUAUUUAACAACAAAGACUUCCACAAUCCCAACAAUACCUGCUGAAACAUCCACCAGUAGUGCAGCAGAAAUAUCUUUAACAACAGAGACUUCCACAAUCCCAACAAUUCCUGCUGAAACACCCACCACUAGUGCAACAGAAACAUCUACUACAACAGAGAAUUCCACAAUCACAACAAUUCCUGCUGAAACCUCUACUAUCAGUGUAGCAGAAACAUCUACAAAAAUGACUUCCACAAUCACGACUCCUGCUGAAACAUCCACUAUUAUUGUAGCAGAAAUAUCUUCAACAACAGAGACUUCCACACUAACAACAACUGCAGCUGAAACAUCCACUUUUAGUGUUUCAGAAACAUCUACAACAACAGAGACUUUCACAGUCACUACUCCUGCUGAAACAUCCACCACUAGUGGAGCAGAAACAUCUACUACCAAAGAGAUUUCUACAGACAUGAAUCCUGCUGAAACAUCCACUACUAGUGCAGCAGAAACUUCUACAACAACAGAGACUUCCAGAAUCCCAACAAUUCCUGCUGAAACACCCACCACUAGUGCAAAAGAAACAUCUACUACAACAGAGACUUCCACAACAACGACUCCUGCUGAAACAUCCACUACUAGUAUAGCAGAAAAAUCUACUAAAGAGAUAUCCACCAUCACAUCAAUUCCUGAUGAAACAUCCACCACUAGUGCAGCAGAAACAUCUUUAACAACAGAGACUUCCACAAUCCCAACAAUUCCUGCUGAAACACCCACCACUAGUGCAAAAGAAACAUCUCCUACAACAGAGACUUCCACAACAACGACUCCUCCUGAAACAUCCACUACUAGUAUAGCAGAAAAAUCUACUAAACAGAUAUCCACCAUCACAUCAUUUCCUGAUGAAACAUCCACCACUAGUGAUGCAGAAACGUCUUCAACAACAGAGACUUCCACAAUUACAAAAAUUCCUGCUGAAACAUCCACCACUAGUGCAGCAGAAACAUCUUCAACAACAGAGACUUCCACAAUCACAACAAUUCCUACUGAAAUAUCCACUAUCAGUGUAGCAGUAACAUCUACAACAAUGGAGACUUUCACAAUCACGACUCCUGCUGAAACAUCCACUAUUAGUGUAGCUGAAAUAUCUUCAACAACAGAGACUUCCACACUCACAACAACUUCUGCGGAAACAUCCACUUUUAGUGUAGCAGAAACAUAUACAACAACAGAGACUUUCACAAUCACUACUCCUGCUGAAACAUCCACCACUAGUGAAGCAGAAACAUCUACUACCAAAGAGACUUCCACAGUCACGAAUCCUGCUGAAACAUCCGCUACUAGUGCAGCAGAAACUUCUACAACAACAGAGACUAAUACAAUCACAUCGUCUCCUCCUAAAACAUCCACCACUAGUGUAGCAGAAAUAUUUUCAACAACAGAGAUUCCCACAAUCAUAACAACUCCAGCUAAAACAUCCACUAUCAGUGUAGCAGAAACAUCUACAAAAACAGAGACUUCCACAACCACUACUCCUGCUAAAACAUCCACCACUAGUGAAGCAGAAACUUCUACAACAACAGGGACUUCCAGAAUUCCAACAAUUCCUUUUGAAACAUACACCACUAGUGCAGCAGACACAUAUUUAACAACAGAGACUUCCACAAUCCCAGCAAUACCUGCUGAAACAUCCACCAGUAGUGCAGCAGAAAUAUCUUUAACAACAGAGACUUCAACAUUCAUAACACCUGCGGCUGAAACAUCCACUACUAGUGUAGCAGAAACAUCUAUAACAACAGAGACUACUACAAUCACAUCGUCUCCUCCUGAAGCAUCCACCACUAGUGUAGCAGAAAUAUUUUCAACAACAGAGAUUCCCACAAUCAUAACAACUCCAGCUAAAACAUCCACUAUGAGUGUAGCAGAAACAUCUACAACAAUGGAGACUCCCACAUCCACGACUCCGGAUGAAACAUCCACCACUAGUGCAGCAGAAAAAUCUACAACAACAGAGACUUCCACAAUCACAACUAUUCCUGCUGAAACAUCCACCACUAGUGCAGCAGAAACAUCUUCAACAACAGAGACUUCCACAAUCACAACAAUUCCUACUGAAAUAUCCACUAUCAGUGUAGCAGAAACAUCUACAACAAUGGAGACUUUCACAAUCACGACUCCUGCUGAAACAUCCACUAUUAGUGUAGCAGAAAUAUCUUCAACAACAGAGACUUCCAAACUCACAACAACUUCUGCUGAAACAUCCACUUUUAGUGUAGCAGAAACAUAUACAACAACAGAGACUUUCACAAUUACAACAACUCCUGCUGAAACAUCCACCACUAAUGCAACAGAAACAUCUACAAAAACAGAGACUUCCACAAGCACUACUCCUGCUAAAACAUCCACCAGUAGUGAAGCAGAAACUUCUACAACAACAGGGACUUCCAGAAUUCCAACAAUUCCUGUUGAAACAUACACCACUAGUGCAGCAGACACAUAUUUAACAACAGAGACUUCCACAAUCCCAGCAAUACCUGCUGAAACAUCCACCAGUAGUGCAGCAAAAAUAUCUUUAACAACAGAGACUUCCACAAUCCCAACAAUUCCUGCUGAAACACCCAGCACUAGUGCAACAGAAACAUCUACUAUAACAGAGACUUCCACAAUCACAACAAUUCCUGCUGAAACCUCUACUAUCAGUGUAGCAGAAACAUCUACAACAAUGGAGACUUCCACAACCACGACUACUGCUGAAACAUCCACUAUUAUUGUAGCAGAAAUAUCUUCAACAACAGAGACUUCCACACUCACAACAACUGCAGCUGAAACAUCCACUUUUAGUGUUGCAGAAACAUCUACAACAACAGAGACUUUCACAAUCACUACUCCUGCUGAAACAUCCAUCACUAGUGGAGCUGAAACAUCUACUACCAAAGAGAUUUCUACAGACAUGAAUCCUGCUGAAACAUCCACUACUAGUGCAGCAAUAUCCACCAUCACAUCAUUUCCUGAUGAAACAUCCACCACUAGUGAUGCAGAAACGUCUUCAACAACAGAGACUUCCACAAUUACAAAAAUUCCUGCUGAAACAUCCACCACUAGUGCUGCAGAAACGUCUUCAACAGAGACUUCCACGAUCACAACAAUUCCUGCUGAAACCUUUACUAUCAGUGUAACAGAAACAUCUACAACAACAGAGAGUUCCACAAUCACAACAAUUCCAGCUGAAACAUCCUCUACUAGUGCAGCAGAAACAUCUACGAGAUCAGAGACUUCCACAAUGAUGACUGCUGAAGAAACAUCCAGCACUAUUGCAACAGAAAUACCUACAACAACAGAGACUUCCACAAUAAUGACAAUUGCUGAAACAUUAACCACUAGUGCAUCAGAAACAUCUACAACAACAGAGACUUCCACAAUCACUACAUCUGCUGAAAUAUCUACUGUCAGUGAAACAGAAACAUCUACAACAAAAGAGUCUUCAACAAUAACGAUUCCUGCUGAAACACCCACCACUAGUGUAGCAGAAAUAUUUUCAACAACAGAGACUUCUAUAUUCACAACACCUCCGGCUGAAACAUCCACUAUUAGUGUAGCAGAAACGUCUAUAACAACAGAGACUAUUACAAUCACAUUUUCUCCUGCUGAAACAUCCACAACUAGUGUAGCAGAAAUAUUUUCAACAACAGAGACUUUCCCAAUCACAACAAUUCCUGCUGAAACCUCUACUAUCAGUGUUGCAGAAACAUCUACAACAAUGGAGACUUCCACAAUCACGACUCCUGCUGAAACAUCCACUAUCAGUGUAGCAGAAAUAUCUUCAACAACAGAGACUUCCACAAUCACUAUACCUGCUGAAACAACCACCUCUAAUGCAGCACAGAAACUUAUACAACAACUGGGACUUCCAGAAUCCCAACAAUUCCUGUUGAAACAUACACCACUAGUGCCACAGACACAUAUUUAA